GAGGCGCGGCGGCGGCAGCGCUGGCAGUGCGGCGGCGGGCGGCGCGCAGGGCGGAGCGGCGGCGGCGGCGGCUGCUGCGGGCGCCGGGACCGUCUGUGCGCGGCGCUUCUCGGGGGGCGGCGGCGGCGAGGGGGCCGCUGCCUGCCGGCCAUGUCGGGCCGGGGGAAGUCCGGCGGCAAGGCGCGGGCCAAGGCCAAGUCGCGCUCGUCGCGGGCCGGGCUGCAGUUCCCCGUAGGCCGGGUGCACCGGCUGCUGCGGAAGGGUAACUACGCGGAGCGGGUGGGCGCUGGGGCGCCGGUGUACCUGGCGGCCGUGCUGGAGUACCUCUCGGCCGAGAUCCUGGAGCUGGCGGGCAACGCGGCCCGCGACAACAAGAAGACGCGCAUCAUCCCGCGGCACCUGCAGCUCGCCAUCCGCAACGACGAGGAGCUCAACAAGCUGCUGGGCGGCGUGACCAUCGCCCAGGGUGGCGUCCUGCCCAACAUCCAGGCCGUGCUGCUGCCCAAGAAGACGCAGAGCUCGAAGAAGUGAGCGCUGCCUCCCCCUUCCCUCCCCCUCUGGCCCCCUUCUCACCGCUGCCCCAUCUGCCCUCCCAAAGGGGCUGGGGUUCCCCUUCCUGCCCCCAGCCCGGGCUGGGUGGUGAGCCCUGGCAGCACCCUGCUAGCUCUCCACUACUCCCCCAGCCUGGGCUGCGAUGGGGUGCUGGGGGAGCAUGGGUGAGGUCAGGCCCUGCUUGUGCCCCCUGCCCUGCCCCUCUUUCCUGUGGAAGAAGUAUUUUUGGCGGAGGCAGCUGGAUCACAGCUGUCAGUAGCAGGGGUGGCAUCUGGAGCUGUACGGUUGGGUUACGGUGCAGAGCUGCUGAGGAUUGUUUGGGCUGACGUGGGGAUGGCCGAGGGUACCACCGGCUGCCUCUCCCCUCCGCCAGCCCUGGGGCUGCGCAGGGCCCCCCUGAGCUGGCCCUGCUUGCCCUGGCGCGAGGACGGGACUCACUGCUGCUGUGCCCCCCACCCCCCCUCAGCAAUGCCAUCCCGGCCGCACUGCAGCGAGGGGAGCAGGGGUCUGGAAAAUGUGAAAAGGAGGAAAAGUUUCUCCGUUGGCAAGAAGUGACUGUUAGUCUUAGUUUUGUUCAUGGUAAAGCUAGUGCAUUGCAUACUGUAAAGAAGCUCUGGUCCUUGUUAUUUUAAGGUCUCUUAUUUUUGGGGGUGUCUCCCUGCAAAGUCACCUUCCCACAGCUCCCGGGGGCUUGGUGGGUGCUGGGGGACUCGGUGGUCCCAUGCGCUGUGGGUCCCGCUAGCGGGGUGGGGUGGAGGCUGCAGUGACAAAUCCCCUCGGAGAGCGUCGCAAGGUCAGGCGCCCGCCGGGAGCGGGAGCUGCCAUCUUCUGCCGUGGCUCCCCUCCUCUCCAGCUGCAGAAGCCCUUCGUUUCGCUGAGAGCUACCCUGUACCCUGGUUGCACUUCUGGAAAUGACAUGCUGUGUCUUUUUUUUUUUUUUGUUGCUGUUUGUUUGUUCAACACUAUUUCUGGUUCUAAGAAAUAAAGCAAUUAUGAUAUCUGUUAACUGUAACCCUCGAUGGAUUAAUAUUUCUUUUUGAAAACAACCUAAGGUUUGUAUAGAAGCCCACUCUUAGCUAGUGUUUUAUUUAUUUAAUGGCUUUGUGGAUAACGUGUGAGCAUGGGGGCAGGCUAGCUGUCCCGUGACACCUGGAAUAGCUGAUGCAGAGACAGCUUUCCUUGCUGCCCAGAGCAGCCCGCUUCUGUGGAGGCCGAUAGUCGUGUGCAUGUGACAGUGUCUAGGCAAUCAGACUGUAGACCUUCAUAACAUGUUUUCUAAGUUAAAAAAACAAAACAAAAAAAAAAAAACAAUGAGCAACUUCUGUUUAUGUGCUGUAAGUAGCAUGCGUUCAACCUAUUGAAUCAGUUGUUUAUCUUGUGGAUGAAAUAACUAACCCUGGCUCCGAGUUUAUUAUUAUCUAUAGAGUAGAUGAACCUGGAUGCUUGUCAGCGGGUUUUAUGAAGGGGUUUUUUCGCUCUGUUGUGGAACGUGGAAGGGGUGUGUUCAUUAGUGUCGUGCUAAUGAGGGGUUACAGACAUGUUAUGCUGGGGUACCCUGGCCUCGGGUGGGUGGGGGGCAGCCGGGCACGGCUCCGCUGCUGCGGCACGGACUCCCUGGGAUCUCUCGUCUUCCUGUAAAGUGACUGUUUCUGUCAGCGAGGUGGGGACGAGGGGUUUCCUUGCCACUGCCCCACGUGGAGGUCAACGUGUCUGUAUCAGAGUGUCUUGUUCUCUCCCUCCUGUCUUCGCCAGGACCAGCAUUCUGUACAACCCGAGAAUGCUUUGUAUUUCUUAGAAAAAUGCAGAACUUGUGAUACUGAAAAGAACAGUGCAAACCCAAUAUCUGAUUAAACUGGUUCCCUGUUGAA